GUUUUUUUUCGGGUUUUACUACGUGAAGGUUUCGCUCGCCCGAAAUCGAUGGUCAGACUCGGGGAGCUCGACGCUGUUCAGAUCGAAUAACAUCCGGGCCCAGAUCUUGAACCCGAGCUAGGUGGAGUUCUCGGUGAACCUACCUCGUGGUGGGACAUGUCAAAACAGAGGUCUCUAGACGCGGCCUCUACACUACGCGGGUAUUUCACUGGCAGUCGGCCGCUCGGCGUUACAUCAGCGCGGAGAGCGAGGCUUUCCACUUAUUCCCUCGCCUCGCGGUCGCUAUAAAAGAACGGAGAGCGCACGUGUAGUUUACUAGCUGCCCAGCUUUGGAUUACAAUGGUGAACUGUCAGGAAACUCUCCUGAGCUCGAGUCCGGGCAAGGACUCGGGUUUCGAGAGUGCCGAAGACUUUGAGCUCCUGCCUCUGAGCUCCGAACAGCUGCUCAAGAUCCGGGAACAGGUGGAGUUCUACCUGUCUGAUGGAGUUGUCACCAAGGAUCAGUUCCUUCUCAAGCAUGUGACCAAAUCGAAGGAGGGAUGGUUGUCGCUCAAACUCAUGUCAUCGUUCCGGAAAGUCAAGUCCUUGUGCAAAGGGUACGACUGGCACGUCGUCGCGGAUGCCCUAAGAAAUUCGGAGCUGCUCGAGGUAAAUUCCGAAGGCUCGAAGGUGCGCCGGAAAAUCGCGAUCCCCGUCGAAGAUGAGACCAGGCCCGCCAGAACGAUCGUUGCCUACGCUGAGAAUCGCGUCCCGAAUUUCGAUUCGAUCCACGAGACUUUUGGCGAAUGCGGCGCAUUCGUCAACGUCAAGCUCGUGAAACCUGGGGAACAAGUCGACGAAGCGAUGAAAAAAGUCUUCGGCCGCUACCCAAAGUGCCGGCAGCUCACCUGUGCUGUGAUAGAAUUCGAUAAGAGCGGUUCGGCGACAAAGGCUCUGGGAGUCGCGACCGAGUACGAAGUGCUGCUGCUCCGAGAUUGUUUCAAAGCGGUCACCAAAGUCGAGAAAAUCGUCAACCGGGAACGACGCACAUUCUCCGAUUCCGAGGUGCAGAAACGACGGCCUGCGAAAUCAGUCCCAACGACGUUGCUCUCGUGGAGAGAUCGAUCACAACCGGUGGAGCUGAAGACGCGAACCCAGUCCUUCAGCCACGAUCAGAGAGAACCGAAACGCAGAGUUGCACCAGAACUGAAAAUUAGCGAUGAGCUCAAAUCCACGGAGCCCAGACCAAGGAGAUUCACCAUAAGUGAGACCAACGUUGUCCGAAACUCGGUCUGCGCGAUUCGACAACCGCGAGGUCCUGGUGGAACUCGAGGUUUCGCUGCUGGUAGCAUGACUCCAGCUUGAAGUAGAUUGUUGUUUUCUCAGAAUACCUAUUCCUAGCUAUAAUUUAUUCAAUGUUCACAAUUCAUUGAGAACUGCCCACUGAGUGCCGUCAUGCAAAUAAUAUACGUUUGUACAUAAUAAAGGAAAUUUUCUUCUCGAGGAAAAAAAA